GCUGCGAUAAAAAAAGAACGGAGGAAGUAUGUUUUAUUUUAUUUUAUUUUUUUUCUUUUUUUUUAAAUAUUGUCUGUAAAUCUGAUGAAUAUUUUAAUAGGGGAUGUCCAUUGUUUCUUGAUAUACUCAACCCCUUUUCUUCUUACCAGUUUGGCUUUCUCAUUUCAUACUCUAUUAUUCAUUUUUGGGUUAUUUUGAGUUACCCAAAUAAUUCAGAUUCAUCCCCUCAAUCUUUGGAGACUUUUUGCCCCCUUUUUUGGAUUGAAAAAGUAUCUAUUUUUCUGGGUUUUUCUUCAAAUUUAGCAGAUUUAUGGAGGGCUUUUCUAAUGAACGCUUCGAUUUUGGGAGGAUGGGUUAUGGAUGUCAGCAUUACAGAAGAAGGUGUUUGAUUCGAGCUCCGUGUUGCAACGAGAUCUUUCCUUGUCGCCAUUGCCACAACGAAGCCACGAACAUGUUACGCAACCCAAUGGACCGGCACGAACUCGAUCGACACGAUGUUAAGCAAGUUGUUUGUGCUGUAUGCGACACUGAACAACCAGUGGCACAUGUUUGCACGAAUUGCGGUGUUAAUAUGGGGGAGUACUUUUGUGAGAUUUGCAAGUUCUAUGACGAUGAUGUUGAUAAAAUGCAGUUUCACUGUGAUGAUUGCGGGAUUUGCAGGGUUGGUGGCCGUGAAAACUUCUUCCACUGCAAGAAGUGUGGAUCUUGCUAUUCUGUAGCGUUACGUGAUAAUCAUUUGUGUAUCGAGAACUCCAUGCGUCAUCACUGUCCCAUAUGUUAUGAGUAUCUUUUUGACUCGCUUAAAAAUACAACUGUCUUGACUUGUGGGCAUACUAUGCAUUCUGAUUGCUGUCAAGAGAUGCUGAAGCGCGAUAAGUAUUGCUGCCCUAUAUGCUCAAAAUCAGUUAUUGACAUGUCUAGAACCUGGAAGAGAUUAGAUGAGGAGAUUGAAGCCACCACCAUGCCGGAGGAGUACCGCAGCAAGAAGGUUUGGAUUCUAUGCAACGACUGCAAUGAUACAACAGAGGUUUAUUUCCAUAUACUAGGCCAGAAAUGUAGCCACUGCAAGUCUUAUAACACCUGUCAAAUUGCGCCUCCAGUCCUUCCUUAGAAUCGUUGAACGUAUGAAACAGACAGAGGCUUGCGUUUUUCCUUGGCUGCUUUUAGUAUGGAUGAUACUCAUUUUCCCUUUCUUUCUUCUGUGCUUCAAUCAUUGUGCAAGCUAAGUUAAAUCACUGAUUUGCACCAUUCAUCAUGAUUUGGACUAAUAUCAUUUUAUGUUAUGGCAGAAGCAAUUCUCAACUUAUUUUUUCAACCUGUAAAUGAAUUCAAAGGUAGACAUACAUAUAAUGAUGUAAACAUCUGUUAAUGCUUAUUGUUCACUACUUCCUCUUCUUACACAAGGGCCAAGGCCGUCACCUUUAAUAGAAGAAAAAUUCUGAACUUUGAUGCAAAGUAUAA